GGCAGGUAAGGUUGCUAAGGUAGAUAGCUAUAUAAUGCGUAUUUACUACUCGCGGUCUAUCGCUCCGUUCUGGUUCGUUGAUGCUAUUUACUCGGUCUGUAUUUGGCUUUGGCUUUGGAUUCUGGAUUCUGGAUUCUGGAUUCUCCAUUCUCCAUUCGCCAUUUGCGUUUUGCGUCUUGGACUGGACCUCUUUCCCUCUUUCCCUUCCCGAUAAUAAAUAAGAAAUAAAUGUUUACACUGCGACGACAACUUUAUUCACUGCAUCCGCGAUACCGAGCAGUUACAUAACGCAGCCAACCCACGAAAUCAGCGCCAUUGCUGCACCUCCCCUUCUCCCCUUCGUCCCUUUUACCCUUCUACCCUUCUACCCUCUACCCUCUACCCUCUACCCUUCAGUCAAAACUUUCCGGGUGCCGCGUGUAAUCAUUGUACAGCAUUAUAUUUGACCCUUCAACGACCUCACGCGCAUCCAAUAGCUUUCUCGAACAAGUUUCACUCAUCACAAAAGUUCAAUAUUCCGUUCAAUCUCAAAAACCAACGGAAGGAUUUGACGGCUUUCCUUUCUCGCAAGGCUUUCAGGCCCGAGAAGAAGAACCAUAUUCAACGAUUCCAGAUGACGAUAGGGGAUUUCAAAACACGAUUGAGAGCGAAAUUCCAUCGUCGGCAUUCACAUACUUCCUCGGUCGGAUCCGCGAAUAAUGACGAGGAAAGGAAUCCUGCUCGAGAGGGAGAGGAAGAUAAGAACCAUCCAUCGAUAAGUCGAAGUUUACGAGAAAGGGCGAGUUUCAGAUUACAUCGAACAUCGAUAUAUGGAGGGUCAACAAAUGGGUCGUCCAGGAACGGCACGGGUACAGGUUCUGGUAAUCGCAAUAGCAUGGUUGAAAGUCAUAAUCAAAGUCCAAAGGAAACAUCAAGGUUUGAAGACAUAAUUCAAGUGGAGGCUCUCGAUACUGAUAAUGAUAUUACUGGUAUCGAGGGAGGCGGCGGGGACGGAGGGGGAAGAGGAAGAGAAGGCCGCCAACAGGGAGAUGGAAUUGGCGCCGAACUAAGGUUAAACUUUCGAAAUAGCACGAGUAGCGAUCUGCAACAACAACAACUUUAUCAACAUUCACAUUCACAUUCACAGACAACUUCGCCAUCAACUCCCAAUUUCAAACAACAGCCUUUCACCAAUUCACAAUUAAUUAUCGAGGAAGAGAACAAUAAACACGAUAGUUUUUCCACCUCGGCAGAUUUUCCUACUCCAAAUACAGAUAUACCGAGGGUUUUGGAAGAAGAAAACGAAGACGAGGAAGUCGAAGCAAAGGAUGAAAUUCAGGACGAGCCGCAUCCAGAACCUAAAGACGUGAAACUUGGUAAUUCGAUACCACAAAGCCCUAUCAGUUCGAACAAUACUACUCAUCAGCCUACACCCCGAAAACCUGAAUUGUCGCGACGACAAAGUUUGCUUCCACAUCAACAAACAAAAUUAAUCAAGACGUUACUAGAAGCAGAAUUGCCCGCGCCACCUCAAGUCAACAACAUACCCACGGGAGGAAUUCUUGGUGCUGAUUAUUUUUCCAAUCACGGAGCGUUAACGAUAAGCGCAGCGAUGGUUACUCGAAAGAUAUGGGUUAAAAGGCCUGGCGCCUCUGCGACAUUGGUUACAAUACAUGAGGAUGAUUUGGUCGAUGAUGUGCGAGAUAUGAUUUUGAAGAAAUAUGCCAAUUCGCUGGGAAGAAGUUUCGAUGCUCCGGAUGUUACAUUAAGGAUUAUCCCAAGGGAGCAGCAGAGGCAAGAAAGAAUUUUAGGACCAGAAGAGCCGAUGAGUCGAACACUCGACGCAUAUUUUCCGGGUGGUCAAACAGUGGAUGAAGCGUUAGUAAUUGAUGUACCUGUUAGAAGAACGCCAAAACCAUCUCCUAGGCCCAAUGGACACCCGGUAUACUAUGAAGAAGGGCGGCCUACUGAAGCUGGAUCUGAUUACUUCCCACCAAUGCCAUUACCGGUUCCCUCUCCAGGCUUAUCGCACAGUGUCCCAGUCCCUAAUGGAAACCAGAAUACGGCUCCCUUGAUAGCACACGCUAUGUCCGUACUCACAACUGGUCAUGUACCAGCCUUACCUUCUCCGUCGGCUCAAAGGAGACAUCAUAGUUCGAGGCCAAGGAUAGGACGAACUCAUACUUCCUCUCCUACAGUUAUCAGUGGACACAGCCAACCCCCUGUUACAAAUAAUGGUACGCAAUUUCAACGUGGCCCAAGAUCAAGAACUCACUCAAGUGCCUCAGAAAAAUCCUCAAUUCCCCCUCCCCCACCACUUCCAACACCACCCGCUCCGAACCAGGAACUUGCGCCACAACGAGUCGCUACACCUCCUCCCAGGGUAUCAUCUCCGCGACCACAAAAAAGAACUAGGAAGAAAGCUGGUGUCGAUCAUCCUUCUUUACCAGCAGGUAUGCUCAAUGGCGCCGUUCCCCCAAUCAAUGUCCUCAUUGUCGAAGAUAACAUUAUCAAUUUAAAACUCCUGGAAGCUUUCAUGAAACGUCUUAAAGUCCGUUGGCAAACAGCAAUGAAUGGUCGCGAAGCCGUGAACAAAUGGAGAGGCGGUGGUUUCCAUUUAGUACUAAUGGAUAUCCAACUUCCCAUCAUGUCUGGACUGGAAGCCACCAAGGAAAUCCGCAGACUGGAAAGACUCAACAGCAUUGGAGUUUUCAGCAGUAGUGCAAGUAGUAGUGCACCUAGCGAAAAAAUGUUGGCGGAAGAGGAGCCAGAGGAAGAUGACAAAUUGCCAAGUACGGUACUUUUCAAGAGUCCUGUUAUCAUUGUGGCUUUGACGGCUAGUUCGUUGCAGAGUGAUAGACAUGAGGCGUUGGCGGCGGGUUGUAAUGAUUUCUUGACAAAGCCUGUUAACUUCGUUUGGCUUGAACGUAAAGUCAUGGAAUGGGGAUGCAUGCAAGCAUUGAUCGAUUUUGACGGUUGGCGCAAAUGGAAAGAUUUCAGUUCACAACAAGCCGCGGAAAAAGAGACCGCUGAUUCAAAGAAGAAGGAUGCUCAGAGCGUCGUGAAGACGAAGAAGAAGAACAGAAACUCGAUGGGUAGUUUGGGGGCAUUAGGGGGUCAGGGAGGAAGUAGUUCGAAAUUGAGUUUGUUGGGUCAGGGAGGUGGAAGAGUAGAAGGGGAGGCUGUUGGUGGAUGAGUCGAGAGGGUUGAAGAGAUAAUUUAUGUAUGAGGUUGAGGAACAGGUGGAAAGUUGGUUUUGACACAAACACGACACUAGCAAUCUAGCACGGGUAGAUUUUCUUUUGUUUCAUUUUUCAUUUGUAGUAGCAUUACUUGGAGGGAGGAAGUUUCACUUUUUGUUUGUCCACUGAAUUUUUGGGUUGAGGGUCGUGAAUUAAGCGUUUUGGGUUCGGAACAUAACGGGGUGGAGCUCAAAAUAUACAUUUGUCGUGAGACAGUAGGACGACUGGCGUUUAAGGCGUGGGUAAAGUGUUGAUUGAGCUUUCUCGAUUAAAUUUCUUGGGGGGUUUCUCCGUAUUUUUGAGGGCGAGCUUUAGGUGGAAUAGCGGUUGGAGAAAAGUAGCUUGAUGGAUGUCGAAGCGAGAACAGAAGCGAAAGUGGUUGAGUAAAGUGAAAUGAGAAAGAGAAGAGCCGAUGUAAAUUCAGAUGAGGAGAUGGGAGGGGAGGUAUGAAAUAGGGAGAGUCGAAGUAAAGUGAAGUGGAGUACAUAUCAACUGUACGGAUAGAAGAGCGAAUUAAUCAGCACUUGAAUAAUUAUUGAUCUGAAGGGGAAAGAAGGAUGAGAAAUGGAAUAGGACGUGAUGGGGUUGUAGAUGAAUAUGAGGUUGAAAUUCAGUAUUUGAUAA